AUGGCCAUUCUUGCGAUCGAUACUGAGUGGCCCGACAAGGACUGGGCGGACAAGUUGAAAGUUAUGCUGAGAUCGAGAAAGAUCAAUCUCAAUCUAUGUGAUGACAAGGGCGAAACUAUCUUGCACAGAGCUGUCACAAAAAGAUCAUAUCACAUGAUCAAGGAGAUUCUCGAAACAGAAAAUGCGCCCGUCAACAGCCGAGAUAGCCGUGGGCUUACGCCUCUUGCCCUGGCUUGUUUGACCCUAGACUCGGAUGCCGUGUCUCCGUUCUUGAGAACAAAUUCAGUGGACCUCAACGUAGCCGAUACCAACGGGUAUACACCGCUUCAUCACGCCGUUCAAGAGUAUUCAGUUCCUAUUACCAGCGCUCUAAUAGCAACGGGGAAGGCCAGUGUUGACAUAAAGAAUAAAGACGGCCGCACACCACUGGCAUUGGCUUGUUUGAGAGGAAAUACAAGCUUGGUAAAAUAUCUUCUCGAUAGCUCUCAGUCUGAUAUCAACACCCAGGACAUCUAUGGGAGAACACCGGUUCAUAACUGUAUUUGGAUGGAAGACGUAGAUAUGUUGCGACUCAUUCUGGAGACAGGUCGAGCAAAACUCAACGUCGUGGAUAGGUUCCAGUGCACGCCACUACUGCUUGCUGCUUACCAGAGCAAAUGGCACAUGGUUAGCAUACUGUUGAAGUACAAACAGGCGGUGAACAUGAAGGGUCAGAAAAGAAGGACAGUGAUAUUCUGGGCCAUCCUACAGGGACAGACAGAAAUAGUCAGGCAGCUCGUUUCUCUGGAGCAAACCAAACUCGCUGUGCGAGAUGAGGAUGGGCUUACACCAUUAUCUCACGCAGCUCAACAGGGAAAUGAAGAGAUAAUCAGGGUGUUGCUUGGCAAACCUGGCGUUGAUGUUGAUGACAGGGAUAAUGCCGGAGUUACUCCGCUUGGACAUGCUGCUAAGAAGGGGCACUUGGGGGCUGCUGAGUUGCUUUUGGAUGAGGGUAAAGCAAAUUCGUGGAUAAGGGAUAAAGAAGGGAGGACCCCACUGGCUCUGGCCUCGGCCGAGGGGCACUUCAAAGUAGUCCAGAAGAUCUUGUUUUAG